AUGGGUCGGGCCAAAUUGGAGUUAAAGCGGAUAGAAAAUAACACGAACAGACAAAUUACGUACUCCAAACGUAAAAAAGGUUUAAUAAAAAAGGCCUAUGAAUUGUCAACACUUUGUGAUAUCGAUCUUGCCCUCCUCAUGUUCUCCCCCUCCGAUCGCCUCUCUCUCUUUUCCGGUCAAUCAAGGAUCGAGGACGUUUUUGCUAGAUACAUCAAUCUUCCUGACCAAGAAAGGGAGAAGUAUGUAUAUAUUUCUCACAUUAAUCUAUUUGAUCUAACACUAAAUUUUUAUUAUUUAUUAAGGACUCUUGAACAACUCAAAACCGAGAAGCACAUGGCUCUUCAAAUCAACGAACCUCGCCCUGAGGCUAUACACUCUGAUGUCAAGGAACUUGAGCAAGAGGUUUGUCGAUUACAACAACAGCUUCAGAUUUCUGAGGAAGAACUGAGGAAAUUCGAACCGGAUCCGAUGAAGUUUACAUCAAUGGAGGAGAUCGAAGCAUGUGAAACUCAUCUACUCCAUACUCUAAAACGUGUAGUUCAGAGAAGGGAACAUUUGUUGAGCAAAUCCUGUGAAGCCACCAAGUACCGAACAAUGAAUGGACGAAUCAUUCUAAACGACGUAGCCGAGGGCUGGGGACCUGCGGCUGAGCCCAAACAAUCCCAUAUAAUAGCCAAUGCAGCCCAUGACUAUCAGCUAAGAUCUUGCUAG